UAAAGGGAGGCGGGGAGUGACGCGGUUUGCGUCUAGAGCGGCUCCUUGGAGUCCACAGCAUCCACCGCCGGAGCCUCGCCUUCCUUUCUCCGUCUGCAGACAUAACGAGACACAAAAAGAGGCAACCCCUGGACCAGCGCGAGGGACCUACUCCCAUCAUGACCGAGACCACAAAGACCCACGUUAUCCUGCUGGCCUGCGGCAGCUUCAAUCCCAUCACUAAAGGGCACAUUCAGAUGUUCGAAAGAGCCAGGGAUUAUCUGCACAAGACCGGAAGAUUCAUUGUGAUCGGUGGGAUUGUCUCUCCUGUCCACGACUCCUAUGGAAAACAGGGCCUUGUGUCCAGCCGGCACCGUCUCAUCAUGUGUCAGCUGGCCGUCCAGAAUUCCGACUGGAUCAGAGUGGACCCAUGGGAGUGCUACCAAGACACCUGGCAGACCACCUGCAGCGUGUUGGAACACCAUCGAGACCUCAUGAAGAGGGUGACCGGCUGCAUCCUCUCUAAUGUCAACACGCCUUCCAUGACGCCUGUGAUUGGGCAGCCACAGCAUGAGAACACCCAGCCCAUCUACCAGAACAGCAACGUGACCGCCAAACCCACCGCAGCCAAGAUCUUGGGAAAGGUGGGAGAAAGCCUCACCAGGAUCUGCUGUGUCCGCCCUCCCGUGGAGCGCUUCACCUUUGUAGAUGAGAAUGCCAACCUGGGCACAGUGAUGCGGUAUGAAGAGAUUGAGCUGCGGAUCUUGCUGCUGUGUGGUAGUGACCUGCUGGAGUCCUUCUGCAUCCCAGGACUCUGGAAUGAGGCAGAUAUGGAGGUGAUUGUUGGGGACUUUGGGAUCGUGGUGGUGCCCCGGGAUGCAGCUGACACAGACCGAAUCAUGAAUCACUCCUCAAUACUCCGCAAAUACAAAAACAACAUCAUGGUAGUGAAGGAUGACAUCAACCAUCCCAUGUCUGUAGUCAGCUCCACCAAGAGCAGGCUGGCCCUGCAGCAUGGGGACGGCCAUGUCGUGGAUUACCUGUCCCAGCCAGUCAUCGACUACAUCCUCAAGAGCCAGCUGUACAUCAACGCCUCGGGCUAGCGACACCCGGCUCUCUCCUCGCCCCUCGUCCUCUGCCGACACACUGGCCCCUCCAGCCACUGUCAGACCCCAUUUUCUCUCUGCCUCUGUUUCUCUGUCCUCAUCUUGACUGUUCUCCCCACUGGCUGACUUAACCCCCACAGUGUGGGGGGCCUGCGAAGAACCGUGAUUUCCCAUUCCACAGUCGUCUUUGGAUAAACUUUUCCUCUAGUCUGCGGGUCGGGGGUGGGUAAGGGAACAGGGUGGGAGUUGGGGGGAGUGCAGCCCUUGGAGACGUACUGGUGUCCGUCUCCCAGCAUGCUCUAGAGAGGCGACUCUGGUGCCCAUUCUCCCAGCAUGCUCUGGGGACGGGGGUCAGGCUCUCGCCUUCCCAGCAUGCCCUUUACCACAAAGGGCUAUUUUCCUUUAUUUCAUUCCCUUUGUCCACUUCUUGUAGAACUUGGAUGGAAUCAGUGUGUGUGGUUUUUAUGUUUGUAGUCUUGAUGCUGUCCUGUGGGUCACUUCCCUCCUGACAGGACACGAUAGCCAGUCUCAGUACACAAAGUGCGUGAGGGCCACACCCAGGAAAGAAGGCGGAGCCGCUUCUGCUUCUUCAACACACAUGCAUGCAUGCACAAAGUCAGACACACACACACACACACACACACACACACACACACACACACACACACCAGCAACAACCCCAGACCCCCUUUGGUCAGGAAUAAGACUCUCAGGUUCUGAAACCUGGCACACAAGUCUGGGAAGAGUACGACUUCUCAGAAUUUGAGUCCCUGGUUUCAGAUGACCAUGGUCCUGAUGCUCUGUGUCUGACUGGUGGCAUUGUGUGGGUUCGCUGCCAACCAGGCAUUUCCAGAGAGCAAAAGCCCUUAGGGGCCAUGGUAAGGUGUGUUCCUGCCCGUGAGAGGAAUCUCAGGCGAGACCAAGAGCUGAUAAUCCAUUCAUUUCUUUUGAAAACACGGUAAGAAUCACUUGACCAUAGAGAGUCUUUGCUAAUUGGGACUAUUUAUUGCCUGUUUGGCUAGGAAUGCAAUUUGUUGCCCUGAGGAGAAUUCAUGAUCCCCACCCACUCAACCUGAGGUUGCCCAGCAGUGCCCAACCAAGGUCCCUUCUUUCCUGGAAAGCGAUCACCCUUGUUCCUGAGCUGGCCCAUUGGUCUCUGCAGAGCCCAGCAGCAGCUAAUGCCCUAGGAGGUCUGCUUGACAAGAGCGGACUCACAACAGAGCUGUCCACCCCGCCCCCCAUUUCUCCUCACUGUCCACCCCUUCUCUCUACCUCUGAAGACAGUUGGGCACUCAUACCCUGCCUGGAGAGCUAGUAGGAGAUGGCUUGUAUGUUUUGUGUGUCCCAUCCAGUCUCUAGCUCUUGGGUUUCUGGCUGUUCACGGGGAAUGGCUCCUGGGUACGAGGCUACUUUUAACUUCUAACAUGAACAUGGCCCAGGUGGGACUGAACAGGGGUGAUAGUUUUUACGUCACGUUCCACCGUCCUCAGCUGACUCCAAGAGAAAGAAGUGAGUCCACAAGCUGAUAGAGUAGCCCCUAAGCUGUCAUUCUCAGGCUGUAGAAAUGAUCUCCAGAGGGAAGAGAUCGUUUCUAUAAUCUAGAGGUCCAAUGUUUGGCUAAAAGUCGUGGAAAAACUGACAGAGAAAACCUGGAGAACCCAUUUGCUCCCGGGGUCUUUGAAAUCAAGGGAGCAGAAACCCUGGGGAGUCAGUGUCUGGUCCAGGACCAUGCAGCACAUCCUGGGAAGCCUGAUGAGAGGAUGUUGUUUCCCCGAGACGAGAGAAAACGAGGAGACGGGCUGCCUGGGGAAACGUGGCGUUUGCAAGCCUCCGGAGCUGACGAGGGUCCACAGAAGCAGACCCAAGAAAGACUACUUUUCUCUCAUUCCUUUGGGUCACCGUGUUCCCCCUCUGGACUCUGGUCAUUUACUCCACAGCCUGAGAUAAGGACCCAGGCUAGCCCAGCCCCCUCAGGGCAACAGGCAGGUAGGAGCCGGGAAGGAAAGGGAGGUGAGCUGAGAGGACAGAUGCAGAAGUGGGCUUCUGAGAAGCAGGUGGCCAGAUUGUAUCUUGGGUGUGUAAAAACGGCUUCCCUUUAACAAACACAAGCGAGUCCCCUUCCAGGUGGAAUCGUCCAUUCGCUUCCCUGUCUCUUUCUCCUUUGGUUGGCCCAAAGGUAAAGCCACACCCACCCCUCCCUCCCAUGCAGAAUAUCGCUGUGUGACUGCGGCUGUGACCUGCCCCAGCCAAGAUAGUUUUAAGUGGUGCCUCGCAUGUCCUCAGGAUAGCCUUUGGGCUCUGACUUGUCUUUGGGGGAUCUGCGGCUCCCUGUGAAGGCUAGCCAGCCUGUUACUAGCAUGGCCCCAAGAUGCUGAUGAAGGCACAGACUGGAACGAUCUGUCAGUGAAAAAAAUGUCCCUGCCAUUUUUUUAGAAAGAGGUUGAUAGAUGGGCAGGACUUUAAUAAGUCUCUCCUCCAGGGAUGGGGCUGGGGGGACCCUGGGUUUCUAGUCUGUCACACUCCCAAUCCCAGGUAGCCUCUGGGCCCCUGGCUUUCAUUUUCUUUGAAUGUACAUUGAGCCAGCAAACGGAAUCUCUUCUUGAAGUGCCUGAAAUCACAGCUGAAGUUUCCAGAGACACUGCUCUUCCUAUUUUGGCUUGGCCACAUGUUUUAGUCUCAAUUUCAGGAUCUCUGAAAGAACUCACGACCUUGCUAUUCAAGUAAGUAGAGAGGAUAAUCGAACUGCAUCAAAAGCCGGAGGAAUACAGAGAGCCCAAACCCUGUUCCUCACUCCAGUAUUCUCACACACACUUUUAGGGGACUAAGAGAAGCAUGCCCGUGGUUUUGUUUUUGUUUUUGUUUUUUUUUAAUAGAAUAGAAAUGCAAUGCCAGGUGUGGUGGCCCAUACGUGUGAUCCCAACACUGAGAGGUAGAGGCUGGAGGAUCAGGAGUUCAAGCCCAGCCGCUGGACAUAUAAGACCUUGUCUCAAAACAAAAACAGCAAUGUAAAAACAGUCCACGAAAAGCCCAGAAUCUCUCCCAGGGUUACAGCAAGAGAGGCAUUCAAAGGAUGGAGAUGGGCUGAUUUUGUAGCUGAUGUAAUUAAGACACCGUAGAGCUAGCCUGUGGUAACGAGGAGGGUGUGCUCUGCCAGGCUGAUGACCCACACCUUCCUGUGAGCUGAGUGGUAAACUCAACUCCUUAUGUGGUUUCUGUGUAGUAUGAGUUUGGAAGUGUCCUAGUAGCCUGUUCCAGUUAGUUAGAAAUGAGUUGCAGUCUUUCUCACCUCCUUUGGUGGAGUCCCAAAGCCCUCAGCUUGAUCCUCGUGGGGUUGGAAUGGGGAGGAGGAAGCAUUUUUUUUUUAAUCAUAUUAUCUGCUGAUUUAAGAGUGAGAUUUACUUUAUGGAAAUCAACUCAUUAAUAAAAACUCCAAGUUGCAAUACCAUUUCACAGUGAAAUAUUUUUGAGUAGUAGAGUUUUGUUGCUAGAAUAGUCAUGGGCAAGAGUUUUAUCAGCAAAAUGUUUCAAUUAUGUUAAUAAACCAGACAAUGCUA